AUGGGAGUACGUCAUGGGGUGUACACCUGUCAUGGAGUGUACACCUGUCAUGGUGUGUACACCUGUCAUGGAGUGUACACCUGUCAUGAGGUGUACACCUGCCAUGGAGUGUACACCUGUCAUGGUGUGUACACCUGUCAUGGAGUGUACACCUGUCAUGGAGUGUACACCUGUCAUGGAGUGUACACCUGUCAUGGGGCGUACACCUGUCAUGGUGUGUACACCUGUCAUGGGGUGUACACCUGCCAUGAGGUGUACACCUGCCAUGGAGUGUACACCUGUCAUGGUGUGUACACCUGUCAUGGAGUGUACACCUGUCAUGGAGUGUACACCUGUCAUGGAGUGUACACCUGUCAUGGGGCGUACACCUGUCAUGGGACGUACACCUGCCAUGGGACGUACACCUGUCAUGGGACGUACACCCUACCUUACGUGGGAGUGUACUGA